UCACAUUCACUCAAUGUUAUUUAGUAAAAGUUACAUUCUACCUUUUGAGUUUACCAAUUUUUUACUAUAAAUAAUCUCAUCUCGUUCAGUCACACAAGUAAACCACAUAAACCUCUCAAUUUUCCAACAGUGUGAGUUUCCCCUCCUCUGCUCCAGUGAAUGCCACUCUAAUUAAACUUAACAUAUAGUUCACCUAAAUUAUAAUUAAUCUGUUCUUUAUUAUUCUACAUCGUGACACCAAGAUGAAGCCAGCAUUUGCAACUCUGCUACUUGUGUGUCUAAUCCUCAGCUCAUCUAUGUUUGAAAUCUCACUCGCUGGUUAUGAAGGUUUCUGUUCUCCAAAAUGUGCGAUGAGGUGUUCAAAAGCUGGGAUGAGGGACAGAUGCUUGAAGUUUUGUGGGAUCUGCUGCAGUAAAUGUAAGUGUGUGCCAUCAGGAACAUACGGUAACAAACAUGAGUGCCCUUGCUAUAGGGACAUGAAGAACUCUAAGGGAAAGCCUAAAUGCCCUUAAUUUCUUAUACAAAAUGCACCUUACUGUCCUGCAGGUAUCUCUAUCUUAUGAGAUAUACAUACCCUGUCCUUGCUACCUGAUUAAUUUAUCUUUAUGAUUAUCAGAAAAGGGAAUAAAUCAGUGUUCUCUGUGCCAUUUUGUGUAUUGUGUUAAUCACCCUCUGUGGUCCUUUUUAGUUAAUAAAAGUAACUCAUCAUUGUAUUUGCUUGUCA